AUGAUAUUUGCCUUUUUUUGUUUGGCAUUUCAAGGCUAAGCCUAUUUGAGUUUAGAAUUAGGUCAAACAUAUAAUGAGUAUCCUAUACCAUAUAAAUAGUGCUAUUGUACCCUGGCAAGGUGACAAAAAUUACAAAUAUUACCAAAUCGAUAUAAAGAAAGCAAUUAAAGAUAGAGAUCUAAUAAUAGUUGUGAAACAGCAAUCCACAUUAGGAAAUCCUGAUAUUUACAUUUCAUCUUUGAAUCAAACGCCUAAUAAAACUUAUUCAGAAUUUCAAUGCAAUUCUCAAGGAAUGGGUAAUUCAAUUGAUGAAUUAUUGUAGACAUCUGUGUGAUACCAUAACCUCAAAACAAGACUUAUUAUUUGGCAGUUUAUUGUGAAGAUUAUUGUAGAUAUAAUUUAAAAGCUGUUUAUUAAGAUGAAUUAAUGAUGACAAAUUGUAUUAAUCAUUCAUGAAUUAUAGCCGAUGACUUGGAGUUUAAGUUGAAUAAUACAAGUUGGACUGAAAUAAUUAGAAUCAAUAUAAAUGAGUUAAAAUAAUACCCUGUUAAAUAGAAUUAAAAUUUAGAAGUGGCAGUUCAAGUCAAAAAUGUUGAAAUCCUGCAGGAAUCUUUCCAAUCUUUUAUGAAUUUUGGAUUGCAAAGGCCAUCCCUCUAAAAACAUGAUUUUAAGGGAUUGGAUACAUUCUCAGGGAUUUAGAAAUUUAAGAUUAACGACAUAAAGGAAAAUCAAACAUAUACACUUUUAGUAGAAGCCUAAUAAGGAGCAAUUGUGUACAUAAAGACAAGGACAUAUGGAUCCACAAGGUAUAUCAAUGUGGGAGAAUCCAUUGAAGAUGUUAUUUAAGAAAAUGAAUAUGCAUUCUAUAUUCUGAAUGUUACUGCUGAUCAUGAGUUGUUCUAUUCAGGAUAACUCAUUUUGAAUAUCCAAUUAAUAUCCUUCAAAGGUUAUCCCACAAUGUAUGUUAAUCUUGAUGAAAAUCCAGUAUCUUUGGAGGACUAUUAUUGGAAAUUGAAUGAUGGAGUGACUGAUGAUUUGAUUAUUACCAAUGAAGACUUGAGUCGUUUGAAAGCCAAAGGAUUUUAUGCUUAUAUAGCCAUUUAAGCCAAAGAGUCUGUUGCGACAUUUGAAUUGAAAUCACAAAUGUUGAACCCUGAUCUAAUGGUAAUGGAAUUAAACAAGCCAGCUAUUAGCAAGAUGAGCAAGUCCAAAUUUCAUCAAUAUAAAUUCUUUAUCAAAAGCAAUAAAUAACAAAGUGUUAGUGUUAGUCUAAAAAAUAUAAGAGGAGAUGCUGACAUAGUCCUAAAACCAUGCAAUGAAUUUUGGACAUGUAUAUUUAGUGAGGAGGAACAUUAAUUUAUCAAUUCUCAGAAUUUCAAAAAUAACAACACUGAGAAUUAAUAUUAUUAUUCAUUCAAGUAAAAUUGGAACUUAUCAUUAUAGUCCUGGGAAUGACAUCAUCAUUUUCGAUUAUCUACCAGUCAAUUGCAGAUUCUAUGAGAAUGUACAUCUGUGUUUCUAUGCAAUAUUGAUCAUCCCAGGCGAGCAUAAUGUUGAGGAUGAAUUAACCUAUUCAAUUCUAAUAACAACUAAGCAAGAUAACAUUCUUUUAAAAGAAAACACCCCCCUUAAACAAUUCGUAUUCCAUGAAUUCUAUAACUAUUACAAAUUCACCGUGAAUGAUGGCGAUUACAUUAAGAGAUUGUUCAUCUAAUUAACACCUAUUUAGGGAUAACCAAAGCUAUUUACAUCCAGAACUGAAAUGUAACCAACAAAAGAACAAAAUGAACGUCAAGGUGUUCACAAUUUAGUCCUCUAUGGAGAAAACAAUGGUACAGAAAUCAUUAAUGGAACUAUAUACAUUGGAGUCUAUGGAGAGACCGCUAGUUAAUAUAUUAUUACUGCUAUAGUAUAUAGAAAAUAAGAAGACUGGGGGACGAUUGGUAAAUAUGCCCAUUAAUACAUAUAAUUGAUUGAAGGCUAACCAUAAGAAAUAGUUACUGUGUAUUCAACUGAUGUUUAACUAUUCAAAGUCGAUCUAAGUGGGUUUAAUGCUAAAAAUUCAGCAUCUCAAAUUCAGAUGAAAGUGUUUUUAAGAAUCAAUUCUGGGCAAUUCAUGAUGUAUGGAUUUGAUCAUCCAGAAACUGAUAUUAGCACAACGAAUCUAACUGGAUCCAACUAACUAACAUUCACUAAGGCAGCCUAUCCAUAAUAUUUAUUCAUUAGAGUUCAGAUUCAUCAUUCUUAUACUUAUCCACUAUACUCAUAUAAAAUUAACUUUAAAGCCAGUUCCUAACCUAUUGAAUUAGUAAUUGGAGAUAGUUAUUAAGGGUUCAUAGAGAAUUCUGAUAAAUAAUUGUUUUUCUUAAACUUCUACAAAAAGGAAGAUUUAUAUUUCAAUCUUCAUGCUCAUAAUACUGAUGAAUCCAUUCUGUCAGCCACCAUUAAAAUCUAAGAUGAUAUUAUUGAUAUGAAGGACUCAAGUAUGAUACUGAAUGCUAAUUAAAUGAAAUAUGAAAAUUGCAAGAGAACUGAAGAGAUUGUUUCAUGUUCAAUUUCUAUCGAAGUGUAAUCAAAAGAAGAUACCUAUUAUUCUUUUUUGGUCUCUAAAGAAUCCUAAAUCAUUAAUCUGUAUAAUGAAGAACACAUCACAAAAACAAUUGCAAAUUAAUUGGAUUUUUUCACAUUUCUAAUAACUGAAGAAACAGAAAUAAUAUUAUACUCUCUAACAGCUAAUAUUCGAAUUUUAGUCAAUAUCAUUCCGCUAAAUCCACCAACUCUAAAGGAUUUUCCCACCGAUGAUUACAAUUCCGAGUUUCAGUCCUUAAAUGAUAAUAUCGAUAUUGAAAGUUCCGUUUUUAUUUCAAUUGAGGACAUAGAAAGGUCUAAUUGCAAUAAUAUUUUAUGCUAUGCUGCAGUCACUUGCACUCAUGCAGAUCCAUAAAAUAAAGAAAAUCACGAGUAUACCAUUAUGCGAUCGUCUGGUGCUGUUAAACUAUAUGAAAGAUUUAUCUAUUCUGGUAAGUUGAUUAAUAAAAAGCAAAUCAAAUAUUUUAAAGUAGUAGACUUCAGAGAAUCAAAUGGUUUGCAAAUUUUUGUCACUACAGAUAAGAUAAAUGUGUUAAAUAUAUUAGUUGGCAUUAAUUACAUGCCAACCGAGAAACUUUACGAUUAUAGUUCGAGCUUCAAUUAUGGAGAUUAUGUAUUAAUUCCUCCAAAAGCUAAUUCAAAUAAACUCGUAACUUAUUAGUAUUUAAUAUUUAAAUUAUCAUAGCAUAGGUUUAUCUGCUUUUUAAGAAUUAACUAUGUCCAUUUAAAUUAAAACGGGACAUGCACGUCUAUAUAACAUUUUAACUUAAAAGCCAUUUAAUUUAAAUCUACCUUUGAAUUCGCAAACCUACUUAAUUUUUAGUUAUAGUCCCUAUGACUCUAUUCGCAUAAUGAUAAGUUCAAAUUCUCUAAUUGAUUACCUAAAACCGAAAAUUCUCAUCAAACGAUUUAAAAAGGAAGAAUAAUCAAGGGUCAUGAAUGAUAUAAAAUAGGAGUAUGUAUAAUUAUAUAUGCAGAUAUGAUUGGAGAAUAGAAGACUAUUUCUUGGAAAUUCCAAGUAUUUCAGAACAUGAGUGUGAAAAAUGCAUUUAUCUGAUGUAUUUGGAAAAUAACUUUUAGGAUACCCAAUUAACCAUUACAAUAGCAAGGAAGAAUAGCUUAAUUCAGGUGCAAGAUAAUCUCGAGAUCAAGAGUUAACUAAAAACUGAAGAAUUUGAUAGGUUCCUAUAUGUUCCUUAGAAUUACGGCGAUUUCUAUUUGAAUGUGACAGUUUUUAAAGGCAAAAUCUAUUUGUUUGAAAAAAAGACUGAUUUAGAUAAAGACUAUUCUGUACAUCGCCUAUCUCUUGAAGAAAAUGAUGGAACAAUCGAUUAUUUGAACAAUUAAGUAGCAAGUCGUGAAGGGAUUCAUGCCAAUCGCUCCUUAUUUAUAAGCAAUGUGAAACCAAAAUAUAAUCUAUCAGUUUAUGAAUUUAAAGUGUAUUCUAAUUCCUCCUCUUAAACAGUUUACUAAAUUGAAAUCAUAGAUUAACAUCAAGCCAUUGAAUUGAAAGUUGGACAACCUUAAAUAUUUAGGAUUAGUUUACAACAAUAGGCUCAAUUGUACUUUAUUAUUCCAAAUAAAAUCGAUAAUCGUAGUGACGACUACUAUUCUAUAAUAAUUGAGAUUGCAACUAUUGUGCAUGAUAAAACUAUUCAUCCUCCUGGAAUCACCUUGAAACAAGAUAGAUACAAUAAUCCUGACAUUCGAUCUGAUUAUCAUGAUUAUGCUGAUGUUUAAAUAUCACUCCUCCAAGAAUUAGAUACAAUUACCUACGUCUAGAUACCUAGUAUACCAGGUCUCUAUUUCCUGAGCUUAGCUCCAUAGGAAGUUUUUCAUGUCCCCUACUCUAUUACGUUGGGGAACAAAGAAUUCAAUAUCCUAACACCUAAAUCAUAUAGGCUGGUUAGAGCCAAAGUUGGCGAAUAGUCAAUCUGGGAAAUUCACCUUCAUGAGGCCUCUACACUAUUUAUUCAAGCUUAAUUGUGUGGGGGCAUCGUCAACAUUUUUGGUAGUUCCUCUAGAGAUGAUCUCAAUUAAGGAUUUUAUCAAGACAAAAUAGUAUCCAUUUAAAAUAAACAGUUAAUUGGAACAAUUCCAUCUGUCAAUCCUAAUAUUUAUUAUAUAAAUGCUAAAACUAUCAAAAGCACAACUCCUAAGGACGUUGUUUCUUUUAUAUUAAGAUUGGACAUUAUUAAAAAUGACACUUAAAUUCCUAUGGAUAACUUCUAUCCUGGAGAUGGUGGAGAGUUUUAAUUAUCUUAUAAAGAUAAUCAUUUGUACUUCCAUUUCACUCCAAUUUAAUCUUCUGAAAAGUCAAGUUAAAAUUAUGUAUUAGAGAGCAUUACUUACACUUUCAUCUACUAAAACCAGAAUUUAAGUGAUAAUACACAAUUAGAUAAAUGCAAUCAAAAUGCACAAUACUAUUCGUUCACACUCAGAAGAGGUAAACAUAACCCUUUAUCUAUUAUGACCCAAAGCAUUUAUCAAGGAACUGAAAUUCAAAAGGUGUUAGCUACCAUAUAAGCUACGGGUAUAUCAAUAUCAUUAUUAUUUUAGUGAAUGUCAAAACUAAAAAUUAUGAGAAAUUAAAAUUAUCGUACUUCUAUAAAACACAUAUAUUGGAAUAAAAAACUAUAACAAAUAAUUUUUUUGACGAAAUUACAAGGGGAAUGUUUAUCAUUUUGAUUACAGUUUUAUUAGCUGGAUUAUUCCUAUUGAUCAUCAAAUAUAGAAAUCUUAGAUCGAUGUAUAUGUUAUUCUAAAUAAUAAGGACUAAAUUUGAAGACUAAACCUAAGUGCCUAAUCCACCACAGGAACAGUAAAUUGAGAUGCAUUAUACAAAUUUAAGUUGAUG